AUGAGUACGGAUAGUGACACACGAGUUAUUAUUCCUCGUACGCGCCCGUCGUGCACUCACUGCCAGAGAUCGAAGAAACGAUGUAGUCGAGAGAAGCCUCAAUGCUCUACAUGCGUACGACAUGGAAGGGACUGCGUCUACACUGGUAACACCACAGUUAUCGCUGGUGUUGUUGACCAUAUACCCAGCGCAUCUACCUCAUAUCAACCUCCGGACAUUUCUCGGUCGACAGAAGAUAAUUUCCCCGUGGUAUUUUUUCUCGACUCGAUUCUCUUCCAGCGUUCGUUAAACAAGCUGCCCGAUCUGGAUCCAAGUCUCAACGAUCAUCUCCCAAAAUACAUUGGCCAUAUUGCACCCGACCCGGCUUUCAUAAAGUCAUACUUCGCAACUAUCCAUCCGUCAAUACCUUUUCUGUCGAGAAAAGAAUUCAGAGAGAGGAUUUUGAGCCCUCUAAGCUCACGACGACCGGCACAUACCCUUCUAAUAGCAUCAAUGAAGUUGCUAGCGAGUCCACUUCCUGAACAAGGACCACGAUGCAGUGCUUAUUAUGCCAUAAAAAGCAGCCUGAUAGAAGCAGAAAACUCGGGCAUUCUAGAUCUGCGUGUCCUCCAAGCCAUUAUUCUCAUAGCUCUCUUUGAGAUUGGGCAUGCUAUUUACCCGGCAGCGUACAUGACAGUCGGCUACUGUGUGCGAUAUGGGAGUGCGUUAGGCAUUCAUAAGGCAGUGGAGCAAUACUCCGAAGAGGAGUUUAGUGCUUCGGAGUCAGAAGAGCGUCGCAGAAGCUGGUGGACUAUUCUGCUAUUCGAUCGUAGGUUCAUCAGCCUUGGAAGUGCCGACAAACCUAUAUUGACAACGGAUCCAAGCGGUAACAGCUUGCUACCCAUUGAUGAUGCCACGUGGGAAGAAAAUAGAGAGUCUUUUGCCCCUGUCCGCAAACUAUUUGAGCCGCCAACCACGACGAUGGGUCGUUUCUCUCUGACUGCACAAGCUGCAGUAUUAUUAGGGAGAGUAUUCCGCAGCAUCCAGGAGUCGCCCAUCCAGGAAGGGUUUUGGCAGAACGAUGUUGAAGUGCUGGACAGAACAAUUGUUGCAUUGACAAAGGUAUCUUUGGAAGAGGGUAGAUUCCGUGGAAUUGGUGUGUGUAGCCCGUCAACCAUUUGCUACAGGUAUGUUAUCACAGAUCGCUUGAUGUCACAAGACUUUAAGAAUGACAUUGCGGCCUCCAUGCUUCGAUUAGCCUAUGCUAUUCGAGACGCAGGUAGUUGCGCUGGCGAUGAAAUUACACCGCUCUGCAUAGAAGCAAUUUACCGGAGUGCAGUAUUCUAUGGCAAGGAGUAUUCACGGACAGGUGCAUACAGUGCUUUGGUAUCCUGUGAAGCCAUCAAAGAGGCUCUGGCGCUUAUAAGCAAGAGAUGGAGGGUUGCAGCAUCUUAUGUUCAAUUGAUCGAUGCCCGUAUAAUAAGCGGCAUUUAG